AUGCGUCCCUCAUUCUCCGUCCUCGUCUCCGCCCUGCUUGCCGCGCUGUCUCUGCAGGUAGCCAUGGCGGUGCCCCUGGAGGUCGCAGCAGGCCCAGUAGUGUCGCUGGUCCAGGCGCAGGGCCGUUUGACGACCGUCACGGCGGCCGUGACGUCUUCCCUAUGGGUAUCUAUACCCACCAGAGCAUCGAGGGUGGCGUCGGCCUUGAGGGCAACAGUGGGAUCUUUCCCGACGACCCCGAGUGGGACUGGUGCUGGUACCCGUCGUGACGAGAGGCCAAGGGUAUCCCUGAUUGUCAGGGAAAUGCACGUCGGUGUCGGUGUCAGUGCCACGCCUACCCCUACCCCUGCGCCUGAAUCUGUAUUGCUGGAAGAUGAGGAUGUCAAGUUUCAUCCUCGCCUCGGUCUUCCUGGCUUGGGGUAUCCCACCAUGGUUAGAUCGACAUCGACAUCGACAUCCACGGUUAUUCUUGAAGAGAGAAGCCCGGCCCCCGUUCCGUCCAGUUGGUGCAGCGGAUGCGGUGUCGGCCCCGUUAUAUUGAAAGAGGACGCGGCCACCAACCUCGGAGAAGUCAUGGUCACCACCGCCACUGAUGAUGGGAUGGAUCUGGUCGACCAUCGUCAUCUCCUCCCAAGCCACAGUGCGUUGAACCACACGUUGGCCAUCAGAGACGCCGACGACGUCGACGACCCGAUCCUGCGAUACCCAAACGGCCAGCCGGACAAGGAUAUCCGACGGUGUCCGCACGGUCAACACGCGAAGAACAAAGAGGGAAUAUCUCUCGACAACUUUACGCCGAAUGGGUGCGGGAUCGGCUUCUUCGCUAGCAUCCUCCCUGGCAGCGGCAAGUUUGGGGAAUGCUGCAAUGCGCAUGAUCGAUGUUUUGCCGACUGUCCCACAGACCAACUCCACACUUGCAACGACGAGUUUCUGGACUGCAUGAGUAAAGUGUGCGAGACCACCGAAGGCGGCUUCUUGGGCUGGCUCCACCAGGUCUGGUGUUGGAUCGAGAGGGACUUGUACGAUGAGUCGGUGCGGGGCCACACGGCACGCGACCACUUCAUGGACGUGACGCGCGAGCGGUGCUACUGUGUCGAGGAUGGGACGGACCGACCGGUUGAUUGA